AUGGUUUCCAGUCACAAGAUAUUAUCGCCUCCUACUUUUAAAAUGACGACAUGGCUGAUGGCAAUUUUCUGUCUGGCAACAGCGGGUUGCUCAAACGUUACGGAUCAGCAAACAUCUGAGACACAUCACGAUCAGCAGGUAGCGAUCUUGAAACAGAUCAGAAAAGUGAAUGAAGACGGUUCUUACACGUACGGCUAUGAAGCUGGCGAUGGAUCGUUCAAGGUCGAGAGUCGCGACGUUCUAGGCAACAUCAAGGGUACGUUCGGUUUCGUCGACGCCGACGGCGAAAUAAAAAGGGUGUCGUACUCUUCCUCUAACGGGACAGGGUUUAAAGCAACCACCGUGUCGCCAUUGCAGGAACAAGUAUCCGUCGUGCAGAGCAUUCCGCGUGUUAAUCGUACCACCACGACCAAGAAGCCGAGCAUCGUUUAUCCCUCGUCCACAGAGGCGUCCACGAAAUCGUCGGUGGUUCAGUCGAUACCGCGAAACAGAAAGACAACGACCACUUCGACGACCACCACUACGACCACCACGGAACAACCGAAAUCGAUAUUCGGUCAUUACUUGAAGGGAACCGGUAAAAGUAGACCGCGGUUCGUGAUCAACGGCCAACAGAGACCGAUGGUGAUAGAGGAAGAAAGCGCCGAAGAUGAAGAUUCACAGAUAAAUCGGCCAAGCACGGAGGACAAGACGUCUACUUACAGACGUAUCAUCUUUGCUAAACGACCGGUCGACCAAACCCUCCGACCGAUCUCCGAGGAUUUCGUGGAAAAGGAUGACGAGGCUAAGGUGACGACUGGAAACACUUUGAGAAGACAACUCCACGAUGAGACCACCAAGCCCAACCCGAUCGUGGAGACCAGUAACGACGACCAUUCUGACGUUUACGGAGGAUCCUUGUCCACGACCCGCCCGUUGUUCACGACAACUACACCGCCUAGAGUUCUCCAACGCGUUUCUGGCAACCGGGUCGAUAGACCGAAAAUUUACCUGAAUCGAGAAAACCUUGGACCAGCCAGGUUCGAGAACGUUAAGUACGACGGUCCUAGAGUUUACGAAGCAGAGACGAAAGCAUCGCGCGAAGAGACUCGUGUUCCCUCUCGAAUGCCUGAGAACAGAGAGUACGUGAGACAAAGCACCGAGCCCAUCUUCGUCAGACAGCAACCGGACCAGUUUCUGCGAGAAUUACCGGGUGGAAGGAUUUUGCUUCCGUCUCAACAGAGUAACAUCGACGAGGACCCUGCCUACAGACAAAUUCCACUCAACAGAAUCUUACUGCGUCCAUUACCAGGCCAGCAACCGCUAUACUCGACGACCACCGACGCGAAUAUUCAUUAUCUAACGGAGAAUCCUCUCCCUGGACAAGAGGAGGACCCAAGGAUCGGGGUGACGCCUGGAUACAUGCGCCCAAGGCCGUUUCCAAGGCCAGUGAUCUAUCAGGAACCCGAACCAAGACCCAGACCAGUUCUGAGACCAGUUCCCCAACCGGUGAAUCACGCGGUGGACGACAGAGAGUAUCCAACGACCUCGGAGUACCCUUACAGGUCCAGCACGAUCGCCUUGCCUCCGGAACCACCCAAUCCCAUCGCUCCUCCUCUCAGUCGACGAGACUUCCAGAUGCUGCUUAGAAGACUGCUCGUCAGUCAGUACGGUGUCCAGGCUCUCUCUUAUCCGAAAACAUACUUGGAGGAUGCUUUGUACGACCAGCAACCGUAUCCUUCUUACCAGCCAGGCUACCAAGCGGUCGCCCCGCGACCAGAUAUAGCGUUCGACGAGCAGCUGUCCCUCCAAUAUGGCGAUCGAGUGCCCGUCAGGCGUCCCAUGUACGCCAGAGCCUUGAAUCCUGUCUACCAACAGCAACAGUUCGACGAUUACAACGACGGAAGGUUCGCCAAGAGAGUUUACAGGCAAAAGUUUUACACGCAGGAGGUCAGCGACGAGGGGGACGAGAUUCUCCCAGCUCCGAUCAGGGAGGCCCUUUUGCUGAGGAUGCUGCAGUUGGCCAUCAACGCGGAACGUCCUCCCGUGGUUUCCACUCCGAUCAUGUCCACGACAACGCCUGCCUCCAGAUACAGAAAGACUGGACCCAUCAGGAGCGUGCAGAUCAUCACCGACGACGACGAAGAGGAGAAGGACGCGAUGAAGAAGAAGAUGUAA